AUGCCUGUUCAUGGGCUGGCGGAUACGUUGUUUAGACCACAAUGCGCUCGAGAGGCGCUGAAGCAGUGGUCGACUGUCUUGGGUGUUACUUUGACGAGGAGUUCUACGGGUGUGCCUUCUUUGGCGUAUACUCGGGAGAUCUAUGGAGAUGGGACGAAGCUUCAGGGGUUCCUUGGGACGGGUGUGGGACACGCUGCUCCUGGUAUUGAGGAGUUGAUGCUCAAGUCCUUUGGCCUCAUAGUAUAG